AAGGCCUUCGGGGUUGAGAGAGAGGCUUUGGCUUCAGAAACCCUAGAAUCCCCAUUAGAAGGGCUUCUUUCACCAUCGCCCCGAGCUUCUCCUCUCGCUGGCGAUGGCGAUGCUCGGUCUCCUUUCUCGCUAGAACCCCCCCCCGGCAUCAUCCCAUUGUUGCCAGUGGUGUUCGAUAUCGUAGCGUGUUGUUAAUAGCCACUUCUCUCUUCAUUUCUCUCCUCUCUUCCAGUUGUGGAGGCAGUGAACGACGCGUCGUCACCAUGUUUUGUUCCAUAUCAGGUGUGACACCUGAAGACCCUGUGGUGUCACGAAAAUCUGGCUUGCUGUUCGAACGGAGGUUAAUCCUCAAGCAUAUUGCGGAUAAUGGAACAGAUCCUGUUACUGGAGAGGUGUUGUCUGCGGAGGACCUCAUUUCAAUCAAAACAAACAAGGCUGUGAAGCCAAGACCUUUGCAGGCAGCAAGUAUACCGGGCAUGCUUGGACUCUUUCAAAAUGAGUGGGAUGCAGUUGUCUUGUCCAACUAUGCUCUGGAGCAGCAGCUGCAUACUGCUCGCCAAGAAUUGAGUCAUGCUCUCUAUCAGCAUGAUGCUGCUUGCCGAGUAAUUGCUCGAUUGAAGAAAGAGAGAGAUGAGGCCAGAGAGGUUCUUUUGAAAUCAGAGAGGCAAGCACCUGCUGCUGGAGCGGUCCCUGUGACUGCUCCAAUAACUUCCAGCAACGGAAAAAGAGCUCCUGAAGCAGACACAGAGUCUGAAGGUCCUGGAAAGAAACCACGGCAGGGCAUCACAUCUGACAUUAUUAAAGAGCUCACAGACUGCAAUGCUCGUCUCUCUGGUCAACGUAAGAAGCGUCAGAUUUCACCUACUUUGGCUACACCUGAUGCAUUAGAGAAGUACACCCAGUUGGCCAGCCAUCCUUUGCAUUCAAGUUCAAAACCAGGAAUUAUGUCUAUUGAUAUUCACCAAACUAAAAAUCUUGUGUUGUCAGGAGGUGUUGAUGGUACAGCUAUAGUGUUUAACCGAAGCUCUGGGGAACUUGUUUCUACUCUGUCUGGUCAUACCAAACGUGUUACCAGCGUGAAGUUCGUUGCAAAAGACGAGUAUGUUUUGACCGGCUCUAUUGAUAAGACGGUCAAAAUCUGGCAAGGACAGGAAGACGGAGAUUAUGCUUGCAAAUGCACGCUGAAAGAUCAUUCUGCAGAGGUACGGGCAGUGACUGUACAUGCCACCCAAAAUUACUUUGUCACAGCCUCUGCUGACAAGACGUGGAAUUUUUAUGAUCUCUCUACUGGGAUUUGUCUUACACAGGUAAAUGAACCAAGUUUGCAAGAUGGAUACACGUCAGCAUCUUUUCAUCCUGAUGGUCUCAUCCUAGGGACUGGAACCGCCGAAUCACUGGUUCGCAUUUGGGAUGUGAAGUCUCAGGCCAAUGUUGCCAAGUUUGAAGGGCACACAGGACCCGUGACGGAUAUAUCUUUCUCUGAAAAUGGUUACUUUUUGGCUACCGCUGGACAAGAUGGCGUUAAGCUGUGGGACCUGCGGAAGUUGAAGAACUUCCGUUCUUUUGCCCCUUAUGACAACAAUACUCCUACAAAUACUGUUGAAUUUGAUUACAGUGGAAGCUAUCUUGCUGUUGGCGGUUCAGACAUAAGGGUGUACCAAGUAGCAAGUGUUAAGCAAGAGUGGAACACGAUUAAAAUUUUCCCUGAUCUCUCUGGGACAGGUAAAGUUACAUCAAUCCGAUUUGGACCAGAUGCCUCCUAUUUGGCAGUUGGCAGCAGCGAUCGCAACCUGCGCAUUUUUGGUGCUCCUGAGGCUGCAUCUGAACCUUGAUAUCUUGAACUGGUUUAUAGAGGUAAUUCGAGCUGAAUUGGUGUAUCACUAUCGUCAUGGGCCGACGAUUUAGACUUUUUUUGUAAUCCUUCGAUGGGUCAGAUUUCAUCGAAACUUUGGUUCUGCAGAGAUGUAACUAUCUGAAGAGGCAGUAAGAAAUCCUUUACUGUAACCAUGCUCAACCCUGUUCAGAGAAGGCCUCCUCGAUAGCGAUGUUGUUUUAAUGAAGCUGUACUGUAUUUCAGUAGUUUAUCAUAAUUUCAUCACCCUGGAGGCUAUCAGAUACUUGAGGAGAUUUGUAGUGGUGCAAGUUGCACCAAGUAGCUCAGAUUCCCCUCAGUUGGUCUCCGGCAGUUACUUUGAACCUGUGUUAAACCUUUUUUCUUUCCUCUGUUUUGUUUUUAUUUUCUUGAGUGUAUAUUGAAGUGUACGACAUGCCGAAUGUGUUACGCAUAUACGACAGCACGCUGUGCUUUGUUAGUAAUCUUCAUAUCCUUAUUUUUGAAGUACUUCCAUCA